UUUCCGGGACGCACAUGUGAGAAGUACCUUGCCUAGCAGUUCUGCUUUACCUUUACAUUAACUGAAACGUGUGUUCUUUUACGAUCUCUGCUUAAUAAUCAUGAAGAGAAAAACAGACGAAUUAUCAGCUUCCGAUACGGAGAAUGAGAUUGGGAAAUCUAAGCCUUUUCACAAAGAAAAAGAUGGCACCAUGGAGCUAAAGAAAAGCAAGGAAGAGACAGUGGAGGAUGGAGUUCUGCGUCCUGUUAAGCUCUCUCGGAAGGAGCUGUAUAAACCCCCAGAUGCAGAUGAGUUGAACCAGCUGCGCGAGGCAGAGAGCCUGUUCCAUUGCAAUCUGCUUAAGAUGCAGAUGGAAGAGCUGUUGAAGGAAGUUGUAUUAAGUGAACAGAGGAAGUGCAUGGUGGAUUCCUUCAUACAGAAAGUCACCAAGUUGCUCCAGACUGUGCCACGGUCUCCUCAAAUGGAGCUGAAUGACCUGUCAUGGCUGUCUUCAGAAGUCAAAGUUCCUUUCUUGCUUUUCCCAAAAGCUGCCAAGGGCAAGUUCCACAUGGAGCCCCCUGCUUCUGUCUCCGUGGUGGGCAGCUAUCCAUUGGGGACCUGCAUUAAACCAAAGGUGUCUGUGGAUCUUGCUGUCAUCAUGCCUCCUUCUGUGCUACAACCUAAAGAUGCCUUGAAUCAGAGGUACCCUAGGAAGAGAGCACUUUAUCUGGCUGGGCUGGCACAGCACCUCCUGUCCUCUCCUGACAUUGGACCGUUGCGUUACUCCUGUCUGCAUGGAAAUCGUCUUCGGCCGCUAUUGCUAGUAACACCUCCAGGGGCAGACUCAAACUCCUUAACGCUGAGGCUCCACGUUUGCCCUUCACCGGGAUUCUUCAAGCCUAGUCGCUUUCACCCCCUAAGGAACAAUGUUCGAACGUACUGGUACACAGGCCUGGAAGCCCCCAAAGCAGAUACCAAGGACCCACCUACUCCUCACUACAACAGCUCUGUGCUGGGCGACCUCCUUCCAAAGGCACAUCUGCAGUUUUUAUCGGCUGUUUCUGCCAAGUGUGCUGCUUUCACUGAUGCUGCAGCCCUGCUGAAAGUGUGGCUGAGACAGAGAGAGCUGGACCAGGGAGUUGGCUCCUUGUGUGGGUUCGUGGGCUCCAUGUUGGUGGCCUACCUGCUUUCCACACACAGAGUCGGCAACACCAUGACUGCAUACCAACUUCUCAGAAACUCUCUUCACUUUUUAGCUACCACCGACUUAACAAAGAAUGGAAUCACUUUAGCGAAAGACGCUGACUCAACAGCGCCCACACUCUCUGAAUUCCACGACUCUUUCCAAGUAGUCUUUGUGGAUCCAUCAGGACACCUCAAUUUAUGCGCCGACAUGACAGCCAACACCUACAAGCAGGUUCAGCAUGAGGCUGCGCUCUCCCUGCAGUUUUGGGAUGACCCCACACUAGACGGCUUCCAGUCCUUGCUGAUGACCCCUAAACCCUUUCUUAGGACAUAUGAUCAUGUCUUUCAGUUGUGUGAGCUAGUGAAACUGCAGUCCUCCUGUAAAAAGCUCAAACUCCUUGGGGAGCUCAUGGACCGCAGUGGGGACUACGUGCUGACCGUGCUUCCCGUUAUACUGUCCCUCCUGCAACACGGUCUAGGAAAAAGGGUCCAUCUUUUGACCCAUGCCUUGUGUCCUGAACCAGAGUGGUCAGUGGUCACUGAACCCCCAAAGCACAAGGACAUGGGGGCAUUAUCCUUUGCUCUCUUGCUGAACCCUGAGUUGUCCGCCUCUGUGCUGGAGCGAGGUCCCCCAGCAGACAGCCCUGAGGCAGUGGAGUUCAGGCAGCUGUGGGGUCCUCGUGCAGAGCUCCGGCGAUUCCAGGAUGGAGCCAUCACUGAAGCAGUGCUGUGGGGAGGCUCCUCUGCCUGCCAGAAGAGGCUGGUGCCUCGUGAGAUUAUCACACACCUGCUACAGCUUCAUGCUGAUAUUCCAGAGUCUUGUCUGCGAUAUCGAGGCGGGUUCCUUGAUGAUGUCGUCAGAAUUGAAUGUAAGGUGGCACAGAUUGAUAGCACUGGGGAUGAGGAAAGUCUCAGGAUAGUUCAGUCCUAUGAUGACCUCAGCCGCAAGCUGUGGCAGCUGGAGGGUCUGCCGCUGUCCAUCACCUCUGUGCAGGCUGCCCAUCCGGCCUUGAGAUACACACAGGUGUUUCCCCCGGUUCCUCAUAAACUCAAGUACUCAUUUUUUGGUCGAGAAAAAGUGACUGGUGCCCUUUUGCCCCUGGAGGACAAGCCCUGUCCUGUCUACAUCCCACCAUUGAAAGUCAUCUGUCACAUGGAGGGUAGCGGGAAAUGGCCUCUUGAAAAGCUGGCCAUCCGACACAUCAAAGCAGCCUUCCACGUCCGCCUUGGGGAGCAGUUACGCAAGUGUCAUGGUUUCACAUGCAGUCCCACUCCUACGCAUCUAGAUGUUUACAAGGAUGGAUAUGUGUUCCGUAUUCAAGUGGCUUACCACAGAGAGCCUCAGAUCUUGAGGCAGACCAUAGGCCCAGAUGGGAUGCUCUGUUACCGUGACAAUGAUGAGGCCCAAGCUCUGGAACUAGAGACCGUACAUCGGCCCUACCUCACCAGCACGCUGCAUGGGCUUCAGCAGCAGCACCCGGCCUUUGGGGUGACGUGUCGACUGGCCAAACGCUGGUUGGCUGCCCAGCUUUUCAGUGGUGAGGUCAGCGAGGAUGCCGCCGACCUGCUUGUCGCGUCGCUCUUCUUGCAGCCUGCCCCUUAUACUGCUCCAGGCUCCCCCCUGGUCGGCUUUCUCCGGUUCCUCCAUUUGCUCUCCUCCUUCGACUGGAAAACCUGUCCCCUUGUGGUCAACCUUAACAGUCAACUCACAGUAUCCGAUUAUGCUGAGAUAAAGAACGAUUUUAUUGCUUCCCGGGAAACACUUCCUGUCAUGUUCAUCGCCACACCCAAAGACAAGAAGCUUUCCCUUUGGACCAAGGAGGGCCCUUCUGUGCCGAUGCUGCAGCGCCUUACAGUAGUGGCUGCGGAGAGCUUAAGGAUCCUUGAGACGCAGCUGAAGGACUGCAGUCAGGGGCAAGACGGUCGGGUGGCUCUGCGUCCCCCUCUGGAUGUGUACGACGUUCUCAUUCAUCUCAGUCCCAAGCAUGUUCCCCUUCUGGACCAGGCAGUGGACGUCCCCCACGCCACUUUCAGUCGGGGCACCGUGCCAGGUGCAGUGCCCAGUGCUGGUGGGGCACUCCCUGUUAUCGACUUUAACCCAGUCACACAGUACGUGACUCAGCUUAGGGAUGCAUUUGGUCACCUGGCACUGUUUUUCUGUGAUCCCUACGGCGGUACAGUUAUCGCAGUGCUGUGGAAACCGCAAGCCUUCGCAUCGCAGCCUUUCAAGACCUCGCAGAUGAGUGCCCGCCGGGUGGAGGUGCAUGGAGAGCUGGCUCAAAGUGUCCCAAACGUGGAGGCCAUCUUGGAGGAUUUCCGUGUCAUGGGGAAAGGACUUGUGACAAAAGUGGAGCCAAGGACAGAAAACUGGGUGGUUUGAAAGAACCCAUGCCAGGAUUCCCCCCCCCCCCAAAAGCCUGAGUUAUUGCCGGUUGCUGAAGGAUAGUAUUGCAGUGUAAUUUUUUUCCUGCUGUUAAGGAAAUUGUUAGAUCCAUUAUUUGUGCUAACUUGCAAAUGACUGCACUGGCAAAUUUCUUACAGCGAUGAUCAAUGAAACAUAUCUUUAUACAGAUAUGCUGUACAGGAUUUUACUACAGAUUAAUUUUCCAAGGAACUUACCAGACAGUGAUUUCCUCCAUAUAUUAGAAUGAUACAAUAGUAUCAGUAAAACAGUUAUCAGUGAAAUCUAUCAUUGUUUACCACCCCAUGAGUCAGUAAGAGACUCAUGCAUAGAAUUUAAAUGCUAUAAUGAAACGUUCAUCAACUUUCCUGCUUCUGGUUCCCACACCUUGCUUGAGCAGGUUUAAUUAUCUUUGGUAAAUAGCUACACAGAAUGAGUCACAAAACAGUCCUGCACUGCACACCGAUGAGUGUUUGGGAGGGGCACAGGCAUAUGACACUGUUUGCAUCUACUACUGCUUUCUUGUCUCGCCUGACAAAGAUGACUGAUGCUUUCUUUCAUUUAGGGGAGUUUCCAUCUCAAAGAUCAAUACUGAUUUUAUCAAGCAAUUAUGAAUGUUUGGUGAAAUGUUUAUAAUGUCUGAAUACUGUUGGAGACGUAGCUUUCUGUUGCUGGAAGCCUGGGUGUAACACACUUUAAAAAAGAAAAACAACAACAACACUUCUCAAUUAUAUUGUGAUGAACUUUAAAGCCUUUCACCUUCCUGAUGGCAGUUUUGUCCCUGGAUUUCUGACCCAGAAAUGGCACAUGACCAAAAAUUGUGCUAAUUCUAAUGCAUCUCCACAAGCUUUGGAGUUAUUAAAGUAUCGGUUUGGUUA